AUGGACGAGUGUCGGGUGUGCUGCCGGGGGGCGGAGGAGCUGGCAGCCGUGGGGUUGGCAGCACAGCCCGUGUGUUCGGUGGAGGCGUCGCAUGUGAUUUGUGACGAGUGUUUGACGGCUUACGUCGAGGAUUUCGUGGCCCAGCCUCCCAGCACCGGUGCAGGUCAGCUGGAGACCCAUCUUCCUUGCCCCAUGAAGUGUCCGGGCCGCUGUGUGACUCGGGUGCUGGUGAAGCGACUGGACGAUGCAACCUUUGAUCGCUACGAGGAGGCUUUGCUGGCUCGCGAACGGGCGCGGGGCGAGCGCACCGGUGUUCACAACGCUCAACAACACGCCGCGCGUGACCCGUCCUCUUCCCGGGCAAGCAUCGUCCGUCACGUAGCGGAUGAGCUUUUGACGUUGCGCUGCCCGCGCGAGGCUUGCCGCCAGGCCUUUGCCGACUUUGAAGGUUGCUUUGCCUUGACUUGUGCCGCUUGCCGCUGCAGCUUUUGCGGCUGGUGCUUGCGCGCCGCCGCCCCCGGUCAAGACGCCCACGUGUGUGCAGCCAACUGCAGUCGGGCACACGGGUUUGCCCCAGAGCCGUUUGGCCCCAUUGAUCGCUUUACCCGGUACCACGCGCAGCGCCAACGCGGCGCCGUGCUCCGCUAUCUCCUCGACAAACUCGAGGCUGACGUGGACCCGACUGACUGCUUGGCUGAGCUGGCUCCACUCCUCCGACAACGUGAGGUGGAUCCCAUCUCCGUCGAGGAACUCGAGGCGGCCCGCCGAUCACCGCCGGUCGAGGCAGCUCUGCCAGAGCAGCCCGUGGGCCCCGCAGCCCCACCUGCUCCGCGCGCCGAGGCACCCGAAGACGCGGGCGCCGGACCCGAAGGUGACAUCUGGGAUCUAGCCACCUGGCCCGCGGCAGCUGACCUGCUGCCACAACUACCAAGAACCCGUGUGCGGCUGGCUCCGGCCCAUCAAACCCACCUUCAAAACGUCGGAGACAACCUUUGUCGUAUGCGAGACAUGCAGCGCCAGUCACUUGGCCUCGCAGCGACCGACGAGCACCCACUUUUAGACAACCUCCGCACACAUCACGCGCAACAUUUGACUGAAAUUAUCAAGCAACUUGGAGGCGUGUUCCUCCCAUAG